CCGUUGAUUUUUCUCUUGACGUGAACAUCACGGCACCUUCUCGGUCCUCUCUCGUCUCCAUCCCCUCUCUAUAUGUCUUCAUACAUUUGCUUACUCGAAUCUAAACUCACCCAAAACUGCAUCCCCUAGUCUCCGUUAAAGGGGAAAAGAAAAAGAAUAACAAUAAUUAAUUAAGAAUAUUGAUGAUUUUGCUUGUUGAUCCAAAAACCAUGAAGCACGGGUAUGUUUUUUUCUCUCUCCUCUUCCUUGUACUGUCUUAUGGAAGCAGUAUGGCCGGAGCUCAGUCGGCCUCACCGGGAUCUGACUCGGGGAACUACAACAGCUAUGCAACAAGGUUCACCCCAGCCAUGGCCAUAAUCAUAGUCGUCCUUUUAGCGGCGUUUUUUUUCAUUGGUUUCUGCUCUAUCUACAUCCGCCACUGGUCCAGCGGCUCCGGCAGCGUCCGUCAAGCCCUCUCGAUGCGCCGCCGUGGUGGCGGCCAGGUAGGCCUCGACCCUUCGGUUAUAGAAAAUUUCCCCACUUUCUUAUACUCCGAAGUUAAAGAUCACAAGAUUGGAAAAGGAUCGCUGGAGUGUGCAGUGUGUUUGAAUGAAUUUGAAGAUGAUGAAACGCUGCGUUUGAUACCCAAAUGUGAUCAUGUUUUUCACCCGGAAUGUAUCGAUGCUUGGCUCGCGUCUCACUCUACCUGCCCGGUUUGUAGAGCGAAUUUGGUUCCCGGUGAUGAACCGGCAGACUCGCCAGAGUUGACAAACAGUUUCCGUGAAAGAAAUGAAAAUAUUGGAAGAAGUCAAAGAACCGACAGUUUCAGAAAUGAAGAAAUAGUCAUACAAGUAACCGAAUCCGGAGAAAAUCAGCCGGACGUGAACCGGAACUCGAGCUUGGAGUUCCCGAACCGGCCGCCGAGGUCCUUAUCUAUAAAAAGACUAAGGACGUUCAAUUUCGGUAGGUUCAGGUCGCACUCUACCGGACAUUCAUUAGUUCUACCGGAGGACAAUCUUGACCGAUUCACUUUGAGAUUACCAGAAGAAGUUAGGAAGGAGGUGCUGGACCGGGCAAUGCUAAAUCGGACCAAAAGCUGUGCGACCAGGUUACCUGUGGAUGAAGGGAGUUCAAGAAGGGGUUAUAGAACCGGUGGAGGAGAAGGAAGCCGUAGAGCUGCAAGAUGGUUUGAAAGGUCGAACCGGUGGAGUUUCAAUAUGGCACGGCCAGUUUUCUCAAGAGCGUCAUCAAUGAAAUCACCUCGGAUGGUGGCAGAAAACGGCGAAGGGUCAUCAAAAGGAGGUAGGACGCCUGUAAAAAUGCCGUCCUUCAAGUGUCUGGAACCUAAGACCACAGAUGAAAGCCGGGUCUCGGUUCAUUCUCCGGUUUAGACGGUUAAUAUUUCCCGGUUGAAACAUAAAUAUCAUUUUUCAUGCGAAGUAGAACUUGUGGAACAGGAUUGGAUCGUGGUACGUGUAGCCCUGUACUACCAGGGCGCCAAGUGGCACUCCCCUAUAGGUGAGGGGCUUGCGCUGUACAACCUUAUAAUCCAAUAGGAUUUGGGACCCACAUUUCAAAAUUUUGCCAUUGACCGUAAUAGGUUGACUUUGGUGCUCUCCACUCCCUCUUGAUGUACAUUUUCAUCAUAUAUACCAUAAACCGUGCCUUGUUCCAUUUGUUUUAGUGUUUGCAAAAGAUUUGUCUAUUUAUAUAUUUUGUUUAUCUAUUAAUUAUAAGCUCGUAUCAUGUUUAUUGCUUUA